UUUACCAAUAUUGUUUCCAAUAUGUCACUGAAUUCUGGGAUUUUGCAGCAGAAAGGCCACAUGAGUCUGUGUUGCUCGUACAAAUACUGUAUUCAACAUUUCUUCCAACCUAAACUCAGCGUGCUGCACCAGGUUUGUGCUGCGUCCGAUGGACUUCAGAAUAGUAAUAAUUAGUCACACCCAGGUGUGGCAGGAGGUUGAACUUGUGUUUGCACCCAGUUAUAGAAAAAAUGGAGCUCAUGUUGAUGCUUUCAGCGUAUUCAUCUCAGUGUCUCCUGGUUGUUUGCUACCACUGGGGGCAGCAAAGAGGCAGGUUUUAAAAACCUACACAUAGUGUCUUUAACCUGUGUUUUCCUUUAGACAGUGUUACCUCAUCCUGCAUGUAGUCGUCGCUGGUCGAUUCAGCUGAGACGUCUUCUGUUCUACAACUGGAACCUUUACAUAGAGAGCAGAGAGAGACAGACAGAGACUUGCCAGCGCAACCAACCAGCUGAAGGAGAGUAUGGCCUUGCUGGAGCUGGACUUGCUGAAUUCAAAGAGGUGACCCAAGCCAGGCUGUCUGACCACCCAGACAACACUCUACAGCAGCUUAAAGAGGAGCUCCAGCAGCUCAAGAGAGACAACCAGGCCUUGACAUCUGACCUCAGAGGAAGUCUAGAGAACAGUGUGCUCAGUUAGCCAAAGUGAAGGAGGAUGCUGAGAAUGGAGAAAGGAGCUUCACCAGGCAAGUCCAACACCUAACAGACCAACUCUCAUCAGUCCCCACAAUGACAAGUACUGAGACACAGACUCUCCCUGUCUUGUCUCUGUCCCACCCACUCUGCUCUGCACCCUGGCACCUGCUGAUACAUCCACACAGCCAGCUCUGCCCAUCCCAGCUUCGCUCCACUCAGCCUGAAGAGGAAGCCCCACAAGUGGUCCUGCUGGCUGGCUCUCAUGGGAAAUUCCUGGACACAAACAAGCGUUUUCCUGUUAAGAAAAUGUUAUCUAAACGCUGCAGCACCACAGGUCAGGCAAUGAAGCUUUUGAAAAAGGAGACCCUCAAGAGCCCUCAAUGCCUGGUGAUCCACACAGGAACAAAUGACCUACACAGCCUCCGUAAAGACACUGCUGAGGCGGUGAGGAAGAUGGCGGAGCAGGUCAGUAAGGAGUUCCGUGACACCUGCAUUGUUGUCUCUACCCUACUGCCUAGGACGGACACCCCUCCUCAUGUCAUCCAUGACAUUAAUAUGGAGAUCAGAAGAGGAUGUGCCACCUUAUCCAAUGUCCACCUGGCCCACCCAACCAUUGGCACCUGGGACCUCUAUGAUGGACUCCAUCUACACAGAGAGCGGGUGAAGAUAUUUGCAAAGACCCUCAAAGACAGAGCCCUGGGACACAAUGCCCCCACCCCCUCCUCUGCUAGCAGCUUUAGAGACCAUCCCAGACCUCCUCUUCCCCAUCACCAUCCCAGGUGUCAUCUGAAAAUGACACCCAUGAAAUGAUGCAUCCAUGGGUGGCCCCUGCAUUGCUUCCUGCUACAGACGGGGGUCAAAGUAAAGAUAAAGCUGAAUAAAAGAGUGGAGAAACACAUCAGAUGCAGAUGCUUCGGUGCAGCACGGCUCACUGAACGGUUUGUUGAGAAUGAAAACGAUGUGAAUAAAAUGCUGCAGCCUUUACAGUCACCUGAUCUCAACACAGUUUCACACCUGUGGAAGGUUUUGGACCAACGUGUAAGACAACGCUCUCC